AUGGCGCCGGAGGACCAGUCCCCUUCAGCUAAACCGAUGGCGCCGGAGGACCAGUCCCCUUCAGCUAAACCGAUGGCGCCGGAGGACCAGUCCCCUUCAGCAAACCGAUGGCGCCGGAGGACCAGCCCCCUUCAGCUAAACCGAUGGCGCCGGAGGACCAGCCCCCCUUCAGCUAAACCGAUGGCGCCGGAGGACCAGCCCCCUUCAGCUAAACCGAUGGCGCCGGAGGACCAGCCCCCUUCAGCUAAACCGAUGGCGCCGGAGGACCAGUCCCCCUUCAGCUAA